AUUUUAUUUUAUUUGCGUGUUUUUUUUCACUCCUGUGCCAUUGGUGGCGACAGUGCACCCUGUAGCAACCGAUAAACCUAAGAGAAGACGAAGAAGAAGAAAGGUCACAGUCAGUUCACAACAUGCGGGAUGAGUUUUUUUAUGUUCUUGAGCAACGUUUUGGUUUCAUAAUUUAAUUUUAAAAAUUGCUUGUAUUUUUACCCAAGGGUGUAACUAAUGUUAGGUAGGUAGCGACUGGACCUGUCAUUGUAAUAUGUUUAAGGAUAACACUGCUUAAUCGUUUGUGUGCUAUUAGCAAUUAGCAGCUAACACUAACCUUUAGUGAAAACAUCACAUUCUUCAUCUUACUGAGCGUAAGCUUGAAAACAGAAAUAGUCUUUUGAAUCCAUAGAGUUUUUUUUCUCAUAGUUUGGCUUCAGCUGAAGAUUACUGUCUUUUGCUGAGAUAGUUAACAGCUAGGAGCCGUUUUACAGGAACUGAAGCUCAAUUUCUUCUGACUUGUCUCUUGAAUUUUGAAGCAGGUUUCGGCAACAAUGACUACUAUAGUCCAUGAUACCACAGAGGCCCUGAUCCUCUCUGCUGACUACAACCUGUCCCUAAAGCCCAUUGCCAAAAUGACCAUCAGUGUGGCGCUGCCUCAACUCAAGCUGCCUGGAAAGAGCAUUUCUAACUGGGAGGUGAUGGAGAGGGUGAAAGCCAUGGUUGUUCCUGAGCAGUUUUCAGCAUUACGAAUCUCCAAGAGUACCAUGGACUUCAUCCGAUUUGAGGGAGAGGUGGAGAACAAGGCAGUGGUCAAGAGUCUGCUGAGCCGUCUGGAUGGGAAGACAAUCAAACUCAGUGGAUUCACUGAUGUACUCAAGGUCCGUGCAGUUGAGAAUAAGGUGGAUUUCCCGACACGUCAUGACUGGGACUCAUUCUUCCGUGAUGCGAAGGACAUGAAUGAGACUCUGCCUGGGGAAAGGCCAGACACCAUCCACCUGGAGGGGCUUCCUUGCCGCUGGUUCAGCCAGAAGGACGGCCAGUACCCUGACCGGCCGUCUGAAGAGGUCCUCACAGCUGUCUUCCAGACUUUCGGCAAGGUGCGAAAUGUUGACAUCCCCAUGCUGGACCCAUACAGAGAGGAGAUGCUAGACAAAAACUUCAGUACUUUCAGCUUUGGAGGUCAUCUGAACUUUGAGGCCUAUGUGCAAUACCAGGAGUACUGCGGCUUCGCUAAAGCUAUGGACACACUGCGUGGCAUGAAGCUGAUGCUGAAAGGAGAUGAUGGGAAAGCUGUGGCCUGCAACAUCAAGGUGACCUUUGACACCAGCAAACACCUGAGUGAGUCGGCCUUGAAGAGGCGGAGCCUAGAGAGACUAAAGUUACAGGAGCUGGAGCGGCAGAGGGAGGAGCAGAAACGACGGGAGAAGGAAGAAGAAGAACGGCGCAAGGAAGAAGAGAGGAAGCAGAAGGAGCAGGAGAAGGAGGAGAAGGAGAGGAGGAAGGAGGAGAAGCUGCGUAAACGAGAGCAAAAGCUGAGGGAGAAGGAGGAGAGGAAGAACCUGAAGAAGGUGAAGCGACGCCAGGAGGAGGAGCAGAAGAAGCUGCAGAUGAAGAUCGCGAUGGAGGAGAGGAGGCUGCUUCUGGCUCAGCGUAACCUGGAAUCCAUACGGCUCAUUGCUGAGCUUCUGAGCAGGGCCAAGGCCCUGAAGCAGCAGCAGCAGGAGAAAGAGAAGGCCAACGUGAAGGAACGUGAAAGGCAGGAACAAGCUCAACAGAAAGAAGAGUUAGCCCGGCUUCAACAGCUGGAGGCCUGCCGCCGUAAGCACGAGGAGGAGCUCCGGAGGGUGGAGUUUGAGAAGGAUCGAGCACUGCAGCUUCAGCGCCGAGAGAAGGAGCUGAGAGAGAAACUUCUUUGCAAUCUGCUGAAGAAGAGCAGUGACACCUCUACAGACACACAGGGCGGGGCUGCCACUGUACCAGGAGGCGAAGCCGCUGCUGCUGGUGGCAGUGGAGUGGUUAUGGGGGUUAUAGGCCGGGUGAAUGGAGAGACCACAACGGAGGACAAAGAUAAGCAGACAUCUAAAUCAGCAGCCAGCCUCAGGUUCCAGCAAAAACGAGAGCGACUGCAAGAGAGGGAGGGGGACGAGGACAGAAAGAGGGCAGAUAAGAAAGAUGGAGUAGUGAGGAGCAGAAGCUACAGCAUGCACAGUCAGGCGCAAGCAAGGGAACGGCAGCGCUCCUACAGUCGUGGGCGAAGGAGGCGCUCCCGUAGCUACAGCAGGAGGAGAAGGAGCUCCAGCUACCAUAGAGGAGCUAUCCGUCACGGCAGCAGGAGAAGUCAUGGCCAUCGCAGCAGCACGAGCUCCAGCCGGGAGAGAAGCAGGAGCAGCAGUGGGCGGAGUUGCAGCAGGGGGCGGAACUACAGGCAUAGGCGUAGAAGCAACAGAGGCAGCUCCAGGAGCAGCUCUAAAAGUAGAGAUAGGCGGAGUCACAGUCGUUACAGUCGGAGAUACAGGAGGCGGAACUACAGCAGAGAUAGGAGUCACUCCAGACGGUGCUAAAAUUAUUAAAGUUGUCCAGUGUUGCUUGUUUAUGUUAAGUCUGUGGCGAUGCUGUUUCACCUUCGAUAUGCUAACAGGUUUAUAUUU